GGGCUGGGUGGUUCUCGCCGCGGGGUUUUGGAUUUCUGCCACUUUCCUCUUCUGUAUUCUUAAUUUUUGUGACAUCCCGAGCCCUGGAGGCGCGUUCGGCUCGCGUCCCCUUUCCUGAUUGAUCGUGCUUUAAGCUGGGCUUUCCCCUCGGCUGCGUGCGAUUUUAAAGCAAUAAGUUCAGUAACAUGCAAGUGUUGUGGCCAGACCUGCCUAGAUGUCCCCCAUCUGAACUUUAGCUGUUCCAGUUCUUUGAGUUCAGUGAGAAUUAAGUGCCUAUGACACCACAGAGAUAGAAAGUACUUCAGCAUUUGGGGGAGGCCGCUGUAUAAGCGUCUUGGUGGUUUCAUGGUUACUAAACGAUUAAAUUUACAGGAUAUAGGCCGUAUAAAUUGCCUUGCAGUUUCCGGUUGCUUUCCUCAUACAUAAAUUGCACAGAGUUUAUGAAUAAAAAUAAACAUGCCAUACACUGUUAGGGUUGCAGUGGAAUAUCUGGAGGAGCUGAGCAUCUGCAGUGACCCUUGGGGAAGGUUUGAAAGCAUAAAUGCUAAAAUGUAUUGUGGGCAGUUUUCCUUUUAUUUUCUUGCGUAUGAACUUUAUGAGAAAACAAAUACUCUGUGGCAUUUCCUGCUUUUGCAUUCAAUGUGCAAGAUCAUGCAAGAAAGGAGUUUUCAUUUGGAAAUGCAAGAUAGGAGAGUAGUGUUUUCAGUGUGGUUUGACCUUACCCACACGGAUGUGGAUGGAAGCUGAAGAGGGAUUUUUUUCCUUGUGGCAUUUCUAAUCUUAAAACAAUGUUAGCCAGCUCCAGUGAGAGGGCAUUCCCUGACAGGAGAAACCUGUAAAGUCCCUGCCUCAGCUUCACAUGAGGAUCAAGUGAUAGGCUCCCUACAAUCAUCCCCUUAGAAGUGCUUCCCCCUGCAAUGUAAAUGACAUGACCUUUUCAAUCAGAUCUGGACUACCAGAUUUGCUGAGAGAUCAUAAACUUCAAAAUGGUCAUUUGAGUUUAAGUAUUACCAUUUUCUGGUUUUUAGUUCUAUUAUCAAGGAGAUUUUCUCCUGAAAUUUGGUCUCAUUCAAGCUCUUGGCUCUUUAGCAUGUUUUUCUUAAAUAAUAGUGUCAAAAACCUCACCACCUCUGUUUUCAGCAGAAUGUAAGAAUACCACUAGUUAUUACACUGAGAAAUACAUAUUAAAUUGCUGUAUGAUUACAUCCAUCAUUGUUUUUAUUAAGCUCUUAGUGUGUGUUCUGUGCAGCAUAAACAUUAAACAAGAUUAUUCUUCCCCUGGUGAAUUUACAAUCUGAAGGGUCUUCAUAGGAAGGAGUAGUAAUAACAUAUCAUUAAAACACCACCUAUAAAUUAAUCUCUUUUUGUUUCCCUGUGGUUAACACUCAUUUGCUGUUGAUCAUGACUGGUGUAUCCUGGCAUGUCCUGCAGUGCUGUUUGAUGAUGUUACAGACCCCAGUUGUCCACUCCACCCCUCUGUGAGAAGUUCUUGUCCAACACAUGUGGAAGGAGAGCAUCUGUCCCUGCUUCAGCUGCUGCCAUAGAAAGCCCAGCAGCAUAGCUCAGACCCACCUUUGAUGGUGCUCCACAGUAAGACUUUGGUUGUUGUAUCAAAGCACAAUUUCCUUCUGCCACUGCGGCUUCCUGUGAGGACAGCUGGAAACACUCAUGUCUUUGACAGCUGCAGCAAGAUUCUAUGAAGCUCGUGUGUUAAAGCCCUGAGAGAAGAGACUCUGCAAAUGGAAGGAGUGGCAUCCAGUUUUCACUGAUUUCUGUUGGAUUUAGGUUAGGAUUUGACUAUGGCAGUGCGGUUCCUGCGGAAGGCAUCUGUGUGGUUAAAGAAGCACAAGAUCACUGUGUUGGCCGUUUCUUGCAUGGGACUGCUUGGCACUAACCUGUCCUAUCAUGUGUUUCCUGAGCAGACAUUCAAACUGUUGCACGAGUGCUGGUCAGAGGGGCGGCCAGCUGAGCUUUCAGAGAAGCUCUGUGGUGUGUUUCAGGAUGUCCUUCAAGAUACUGGUGUGAAGUCCAGUGACUCUUACAGAGCCUUUGCAGCUUCUGGCUUUCACCCUGUGAGCGCUGGAAUUCCCUGGCUGCCCGCAGGCUGCUUGGUGGGCAUCCCACUUAACUUUGAUAGCACAGUUGAGGAUAAAAAAGGAAUAGUCAACCAUGUCGUUGUAAUAAAUGGCAAGAAGAUAGACUGGGAGAGCAGUGAAGGCGUGGCUUUGAAGGAAGCUCUCACCUUUUCCCAUGAAGCUCAGAAGUUUGCCAUUGCCAGAGAAGUUGUGUACUUGCAGAAUGGCAGCCCUUUAGCAAGUGCAGUUGUGGCUCCAACUUGCUUGGCUGGGACGUUUGUCUGUGGGAGAGCUCUAAAGCUGCUCCUGGGGUUAUCCACCGGCCCCCUGAUCCUCCGAGGCCUCUGUAACCUUGUCACUGCCCUGGGAGGGCUGCUCUGCUUCAGCGUCUCUUCCGACGCCGUCACCUAUCACCUGGACUGCAGGGCCGACAGGAAAGCAGCCCGGCUUUCCCAGGACUAUGCCAGAGGUGGCCUUGAAUUUUAUGAUAAGAUCUUGUCUCGCAACAGGAUUUUUCGUGGUCUGAUGGGCAAACAAGGGAUGAAAAUGUAUACCCCGAGUGGUAACCUUUUCCCAAGGCACUGGUUCAGAAUAAAGUAUACCCCGUACACUUAUCGGAGAACUUUGAUAGUUAAUAUUUUAGGAGAGCUCCAGGCAUCAGAUAGGAGUGCUUGAAUUUUAAACUUGUGAAUUAUGUAUUUUGGAACACCGCUGUGCUACUUUUUUUUUUUCAACUUCUGUAGCUUCAGAAUUUUGGGGUUUAUUUUUGCAUAUAGCUUGGAAAGAGUUAUUGCACGUUUCUUGAAUAAAGACUUUUCUCUUAAAAUAUUAAA